UCUGUUGGUCCACGGCUCUAAGAGGAGAGGGGGAGAGAGACAGAAGGGGGGGAGGUAGAGAGAGACUACGUGUGAACACAGGAGGUUGCCAGUUUUUAACCCAGACUCACAUCUACGAGAAAGUGGUUGGUACUGCUUGAGUUCAGUUGAUCUGAGCAUCAGACCAUCUGAUUGUUCAUAUCCCCCUGUUCUGAAGCUGCUCUACUUUAGUGAGGAUGGAGAAUGCGCAUGCCAAAGAGUCACAGGAGGUUCUGUCCUAUUUCUCUGUCACUGAGGACACGGGUCUCUCACCUGACCAGGUUAAGAAGAACCUGGACAAGUAUGGCUACAAUGAGCUGCCAGCAGAGGAGGGAAAAAGCAUCUGGGAGUUGGUUGUGGAACAGUUUGAGGACCUGUUGGUCAGAAUCCUGCUACUAGCAGCCUGCAUCUCUUUUGUUCUGGCUUGGUUUGAAGAAGGCGAGGAAACAGUCACUGCCUUUGUCGAGCCCUUCGUCAUCCUUCUUAUCCUCAUCGCCAAUGCCGUGGUUGGUGUCUGGCAGGAGCGCAAUGCAGAAAGCGCCAUUGAGGCUCUGAAAGAAUAUGAGCCAGAGAUGGGGAAGGUUUACCGGGCAGACAGGAAGAGCGUGCAAAGAAUCAAGGCCAGGGAGAUGGUUCCUGGUGACGUGGUGGAAGUCUCUGUUGGAGACAAAGUUCCAGCUGACAUCAGGAUCAUCUCCAUCAAAUCUACGACCCUGCGCGUGGACCAGUCCAUUCUUACCGGUGAGUCCGUUAGUGUGAUUAAGCACACAGACGCUGUACCAGACCCCCGAGCUGUCAACCAGGACAAGAAGAACAUGCUGUUCUCGGGCACAAACAUUGCUGCGGGAAAAGCCGUCGGUAUUGCGGUCGCCACAGGUGUCUCCACUGAGAUCGGUAAGAUUCGUGACCAGAUGGCUGCCACCGAACAGGAGAAAACCCCUCUGCAGCAAAAACUGGACGAGUUUGGAGAGCAGCUCUCCAAGGUCAUCUCCCUCAUUUGUGUGGCUGUGUGGAUAAUCAACAUUGGCCAUUUCAAUGACCCUGUCCACGGCGGAUCCUGGAUCCGUGGUGCCAUCUACUAUUUCAAGAUUGCUGUGGCUCUGGCUGUGGCCGCUAUCCCCGAAGGCCUACCAGCUGUCAUCACUACCUGCCUUGCCCUCGGAACACGUCGUAUGGCGAAGAAAAACGCCAUUGUCAGAAGCCUCCCCUCUGUAGAGACUCUGGGCUGCACCUCAGUCAUCUGCUCCGACAAGACCGGCACCCUCACCACCAACCAGAUGUGUGUAACUAAGAUGUUCAUUAUCGAAAAAGUUGACGGCGACAGUGUUUCUCUUGGACAGUUUGACAUCUCAGGCUCCAAAUACACCCCUGAGGGAGAAGUUACCAGGAACGGAAUGCCUGUGAAGUGCAGCCAAUAUGACGGACUGGUUGAGCUGGCUACCAUCUGUGCACUGUGCAAUGACUCAUCUCUGGACUACAAUGAGGCCAAAGGCAUUUAUGAGAAAGUGGGUGAGGCCACUGAAACAGCCCUGUGCUGCUUGGUGGAGAAGAUGAAUGUGUUCAACGCUGACGUUCGCGGCCUGUCAAAGGUGGAACGGGCAAACGCUUGCUGUACUGUGAUCAAGCACCUGAUGAAGAAGGAGUUCACCCUGGAGUUCUCCAGAGACAGGAAGUCCAUGUCUGUCUACUGCUCUCCUGCCAAGUCUGCAAAAGCUCCUGUGGGAACCAAGAUGUUUGUCAAAGGCGCUCCAGAAGGCGUGCUUGACCGUUGUACAUAUGUUCGUGUCGGCACCAACCGAGUACCCCUGACGGGCUCAGUCAAAGACCAAAUCAUGUCAGUCAUUAAGGAGUGGGGCACCGGACGAGACACCCUCCGUUGUUUGGCACUGGCCACCCGCGACACACCGCCAAGGAAGGAAGACAUGAUCCUGGAGGACUCUACAAAGUUUGUAGACUAUGAGACUGACUUAACUUUUGUGGGCUGUGUUGGUAUGCUCGACCCUCCUCGUAAGGAAGUUAUGGGUUCUAUCCAGUUGUGCAAAGCAGCUGGUAUCCGUGUAAUAAUGAUCACAGGUGACAACAAAGGCACAGCAGUGGCCAUUUGCCGUCGUAUUGGUAUCUUCACCGAAGAUGAGGACGUCACUGGCAAAGCCUUCACUGGUCGUGAGUUUGAUGACCUGUCUCAACUUGAGCAGGAGGAUGCCGUCCGCCAUGCUUGCUGCUUUGCUAGAGUGGAACCAUCUCAUAAAUCUAAGAUUGUUGAGUUCCUCCAAGGGUUUGAUGAGAUUACGGCCAUGACCGGUGAUGGAGUGAACGAUGCCCCUGCCUUGAAGAAGGCAGAGAUUGGCAUCGCCAUGGGCUCUGGCACUGCCGUUGCCAAGUCUGCCUCUGAGAUGGUCCUGGCUGACGACAACUUCUCUUCCAUUGUGUCUGCUGUUGAGGAGGGUAGAGCCAUAUACAACAACAUGAAGCAGUUUAUCCGCUACCUCAUCUCCUCCAAUGUCGGUGAGGUCGUCUGCAUCUUCCUGACCGCCGCCUUGGGUCUACCUGAAGCUCUGAUCCCAGUCCAGCUCCUGUGGGUCAACCUCGUGACUGAUGGGCUCCCUGCUACUGCACUGGGCUUCAAUCCCCCUGACCUAGACAUCAUGGACAAAGCUCCCCGCUCCCCCAAAGAGGCGCUCAUCUCCGGAUGGCUCUUCUUCAGAUACAUGGCAAUUGGAGGUUACGUUGGCGCCGCAACAGUCGCAGCAGCAGCCUGGUGGUUCUUGUACUGUGAAGACGGCCCAAUGGUCACUUUCUACCAGCUGUCACAUUUCAUGCAGUGCACAGAGCACAACGAGGAGUUUGCCGGGGUCCACUGCGAGGUGUUUGAAUCUUCUCCUCCAAUGACGAUGGCUCUGUCCGUGCUGGUCACCAUUGAGAUGUGCAAUGCCCUGAACAGCUUGUCUGAGAACCAGUCCUUGCUGCGCAUGCCCCCCUGGAGCAACAUCUGGCUGGUCAGUGCCAUGACCCUCUCCAUGUCCCUUCACUUCAUGAUCAUCUACAUCGACCCUCUACCCGUGAUCUUCAAGCUCACUCAUUUGAAUGUGGAGCAGUGGCUGAUGGUGCUGAAGCUCUCAAUCCCAGUCAUUUUCCUCGACGAGGUUCUCAAGUUUGUGGCUCGCACAUACCUGGGCGCCUAAACCCGUUUCCCCCUCCUCCAUAUCCCUGUAACAAAACCAGGAAAAGUCUAGAGGCAGCGUGCAUCAGAGAGAAUGGCGAGAUGGCGUGCACAAAACACUGUGCGACAUCCGCAAGAGAGCGAGUCAAGUGGAAACAUCAAGUGGCAUAAGUACACAGUACAUAAGCCAUCUGCAAAUACACCAAGAAAAGCUGCAUAGUAUUUUUUCCUGUGUAUGUUCUUUAAAUAAGAGUUUAAAAUAUGCUGUUUUGAUUUUGUUCUUAAAGAUGUAUGAAAGACAUUAUUAAUGUAUUAAAAAAAAUUCAAACUUG